GGGCAGCAUGCUGAAAACACCCAAGCUGCCUAUCUGGGUGUGCAACAUCAAUGGCACCUACAGUGUUUUAUUCAGCCCAAACCGUUCAUUGCUCUCUGACUGGAAAAUGGAGCAUCUUUUCCAGCUUUACUUCUACAAUGGCCAUCCAACUCAGCUCAACACAAUGCUCACCAUAGAUACACACUCCCAUCACUGGGAGGCUGAAAAUAAUGACAUUCAAGGAGACCCAGAAAAAAAGUUUCCAUCUGUAGAGAUGACCAUUAGGACCAAGUGGGAGGGAGCUGUUAUUGACUGGAAUGGGACAGUGCCUUUUUUCUGAAGAGGUUUGAAGCAGGGUCACCUGAUUUGUAGCAUACAUCUCCUGGCCUGCAAUAAAGAGUAUUUUAUAGACUUUUAUAGGUUUUGAUGUGGGCUUAAUUUUUGACUUUCAUUUUGGCUUGUGAAUCUUAAUAACAUGAUUACCCUUCACAACCUGCUCAUUUGAACAUCUCAGCAUCUGAGCAUUUAUCAUAAGUGAAAACCUUAAACCUCUUUUGUAAAACAACGUAUUUUGAUUGUUAGAAAUAUAUUCAAAUCUGGUACACAUGUCCCAUAUGUUUAACUAUUUUCGGGCAUAUAUAAUUUAGCCCCUAUACUGUUUUUGUCCGUCUAUUUGGAUUCGAUAUGGGUUCAGAUUGCUAGUAUCAAGUCUCAAGUCAUGAUGGAAAAGGCUGAUAUCUCAAGUUACAGGGUUUAAUCAAUUUAAGUCAAGACCUUUAUUCAAAGCCUUGCGGUCUUUGAUUCCUCUGUGGUAUAAAUCAUGUAUGUAGUAUUUUAUUUAUUGCUGUAUGACAGUAUUGUUAAAGAAAGGCAAAACUUUACAAUAAGGUCCAGUAAGUUAAAGUUUAUUAGUUUAGAUUCAUGUU